UGGCAGGUAUUAAUGUUUUAAUAAGUUUUAUUUCUGCAGUAUUUGCUGGACGUGCAAUAGCACUUUUUGUACCAAAAGGUGUUUUUUAUGAUGAUAUACAACCAAUACCAAGACCAAUGCUAUACCAACCAUAUACAAAUCGAUUUGGAUUUUAAUUCUAUUGAUAUGAAUUGACAAUAUUUCUUUUUUGCUAGUAGUUAAAUUAUUAUUUAUUAGAAUAAUUAAGAUCGGAGAAUUUUCAGUUUCUUUGUUUUUUUUUUUUAAACAUUUGCUUAAUGGGAAAAGGCGAUGAAUAAAUAUUGAUAAAUGAUUUUUUUUUGUGUGUGAAUGUGUAUCUAAUUGAUUACAAGAGAAUUAGAAAAUUGCCUUUUUUUCUUUCUCGUUAGUAAUAUAUCUUUCGACUUUUUUCUAUUGUGAAUUACUAGAUUGCGUGAUUAAAAUCAUAUUACUAGUUAUUAUGUGUGGAUAAAAUAGUGUGUAAAUGAAAGUCAACGUGAUCUUUACUCAACCCAUCUAUGAUUGAUUGUGACGGUUAAGUCUAUUUGGUACGAUUCAUGGGAACAAGCAAGGCUUGAUAUUUUUCGAUAACAUUAUUUAUGUUAGAGAAAGUACUAUAGCAUAUUUUUUUGAGGUAUACUCAAGAAGAGUUUUUAUGAGAAGAAUAGAAAUCAUACUAAUUUGAGCAAUUUCACAUGUUUUCUUAGUUAAUGAAAAUCUACUCUAAAAUAUAUUAUAUUUACGAAAGAAGUUCUAUUCUGCAUUUAAUAAGAUACUACUAAUUAUGAAAAAUAAUCUUAAUGGAUAUCUAAUCUUGAUCGUGUCUAUUACACAACAGAAGAAUUUCCUUCAAGAUCUUUUCUUAUUAAUAGAAUAAAGACGUGACUACAAUAAAUAGAUAUUUUUAUCAAUUUCAAAUAUGAGUGGGAUAUUCCUAUUAAUCUAACAACUUCCCAAAGGCUAUAAAAUAAAUCGACGAUGAAAUCAUUAAAUCUCUACUUUCUCGUUUCAAACAAUUCAUAACUUUAUUUUCUUAUUUAAACAUAUUUUUUUCAAUUUUAGUCCGAAUCAUCAGCAUCAUUUGGUCUUUCAUUAGAACCAAAUCUAUUACCAGUAACAUCGAAUAAAAAUGAACUUGAUAUUAAUUAUGAAAAUAUGAUUGAAAAUUUAUUAUUACAACAAGUAUUACUUUAUACACGAGAACGAUCAAGAAGUUUACAUCCAUUACGUUCACCAUCAUCAACAACAAAUUCUUUAUUAGUACGACAACAAGUUAAUGUACAAUGUGAUCAACAUUCAUUAUUAAAUUGUUCAACAUAUGAUAAUGAUGAUGAUGAACCAACAUUAUGCCUUAUUGAAGCUCGUCGACAAAAUUCAAGUGAUUUAAUUGAAAAUAUUCUUAAUCAAUAUAAUCAACGUCUUGAUCAUCGUUCAAAUUUUGAUCAAACUUUAAUGGAAUUAAUUGUUAAACGUAAUCGUGAACGUCAAAAAGUAUCAUCCUAUGCAAAUAAUAUAUUUUAUUCACGUCUUCAAUGGCUUGCUAUAGGCUUUGUUAUAGAUCGUUUAUUUUUUUGUAUUUAUUUUGCAGCAACAAUAAUCUCUUAUUUGGUUACAUUAUGGUUUAUACCUUUUACACAUCCAAAUUUAAAAAUUGAUAUUCAAACAUUAUAG